AUGGGCUCGACCACGCACACCAAGAAGAGAAAGCUGAGCGACGCCAAUGCCGUCAAGGCCCCGAGCAAGGCUACCAAACCCGUCGCCGCUGCGCCUGCCCCGAAAGCCAAGAAGGUGAAGCGCGCAGAGCCAGAGGUUCCCGCAGAGCCCUCGAGCGACGACGACGACGACGUGGAGGACGAGGAGGAUGUCGAGUCCGCAUCUGAGGAUGACCAGGAGGAGGAGGAAGACGACGAUGAGGCUGAGGCCAAGUCUGGAGGCGACGCAGACCAGGAGGCCGGCCAGGAUCUCCCCGACGCCGGCAACCUGACGCUACCGCCGACCGCCGACUCCAACGCCAGCAAGUUCGAUGAGCUGAACCUCUCCGAGCGAACCAACAAGGCCAUCGAGGAGAUGGGUUUCAAGACCAUGACCGAGAUCCAGCGCCGAGGCAUCCCUCCGCUGCUGGCAGGCAAGGACGUGCUGGGCGCCGCCAAGACUGGUUCCGGCAAGACGUUGGCUUUCCUCAUCCCGGCAGUUGAGAUGCUCAACUCCCUCCGUUUCAAGCCUCGCAACGGUACCGGAGUCAUCAUUGUCUCGCCCACUCGCGAGCUUGCCCUGCAGAUUUUUGGCGUCGCACGCGAGCUGAUGGCCCACCACUCGCAAACAUACGGCAUCGUCAUUGGUGGUGCCAACAGAAAGGCCGAGGCUGAGAAGCUGAGCAAGGGUGUCAAUCUGCUGGUGGCAACGCCUGGACGUUUGUUGGAUCACUUGCAGAACACCCCCUUUGUGUUCAAGAACCUGAAAUCCCUGAUCAUCGAUGAGGCCGACAGAAUCCUGGAAAUUGGUUUCGAGGAUGAGAUGAAGCAAAUCAUCAAGAUAUUGCCCAAGGAAGACCGCCAGACGAUGCUUUUCAGCGCCACACAAACCACAAAGGUCGAGGACUUGGCCCGUAUUUCGCUGCGCCCUGGCCCUCUCUACAUUAACGUCGACGAGGAGAAGCAGUUCUCCACGGCCGAGGGUCUUGAGCAGGGAUACGUGCUCUGUGAGCCCGACAAGCGAUUCCUGCUUCUCUUCAGCUUCCUCAAGAGGAACACCAAGAAGAAGAUCAUUGUGUUCUUCAGCAGUUGUGCUUGUGUCAAGUACCACUCGGAGCUGCUCAACUACAUUGACCUCCCGGUCCUCGAUCUCCAUGGAAAACAGAAGCAGCAGAAGCGAACCAACACAUUCUUCGAGUUCUCAAACGCGAAACAGGGCACCCUUCUGUGCACGGACGUCGCAGCUCGUGGGCUCGAUAUCCCCGCCGUGGACUGGAUCGUGCAGUUCGAUCCCCCGGAUGACCCGCGAGACUACAUUCACAGAGUCGGUCGUACCGCCCGUGCCAGUUCGAAGGGCAGGUCUUUGAUGUUCCUGCAGCCCAGUGAGGCUUCUUUCCUAGGCCACCUGAAGAAUGCCCGAGUACCUGUCUCCGAGUUUGAAUUCCCAUCCAAUAAGAUCAUCAACAUCCAGAGUCAGCUAGAGAAGCUUAUUUCGCAAAAUUACUACCUUCACCAGUCCGCCAAGGAUGGAUUCAAGUCCUACAUUCACGCGUAUGCCAGCCACAGUCUGAGAUCAGUCUUUGAUGUGAGCAAGUUGGAUUUGAAGAAGGUCGCCAAGAGCUUUGGUUUCACUGCCCCGCCUCGGGUGGAUAUUCAGUUGGGUGCCAGUAUGAGCAGGGACAACAAGGUGCAAGGACGGAGAUCGUAUGGCCAGCAGCCUCGACAGGGAGGCAGUUUCAAGAAGAGGUAG